AUGCCCAAAUUCAAUCCAAAUAAAAGCAAAUAUGCGCAUCCACUACCCCUAGAGUGUAUUAAUCUUCCACAAGUUCUGCCACACAAUCCUGUAUCUUGGUUAUAUUUCUGUUACAGGUACAUUACCUCUAUUAAUAAAAUAUGCGAGAAGAUUCCACUGACAAUUAGCGAUGAAGGGAAGCUUCUAGUGAUCUCAAAAACGCAUAUAAAAUACUUAUGGAGUCAUGGAUUCUUUGGCACUGGGCAGUUAUCUCGCAGUGAACCAACAUGGCAUGCGCGUACAACAGAUAGACUCCAGAUUGGUAAAGGCGUACAACAGACCAGAAGACUAGAGGAGAUAACACAACUUAGACGUACACAAAGGCUAGAAUAUAAGAAGGAAAGGGCAAAGUUUGAGGAGAAGAUGCUAACAUUAAGGCAACAAGGCGCCUUGGAUGAAGAGAUCAUAAUUCAAGAGCGGCUCUUCUUACGUCAGUUGCGAGACAAAGAAUUGGAAGGAACCUUACAGCAUCAAGGCAGUUCUCCAAAAAAGGUGCGUUUAGAAGAUACUGAUCUAAUUUUAGAGGAUGGGAACACGAUACUAGAUCUAGAAAACCUGGAGCUUAUGCCAGUAGAGGCGUUGUUUCUGACAUUUGCUCUACCGAUACUAGCAAUCCGAACCCAAGACCUACUUUCUUUAAUUCUGACUGAUGAUCCAACAAUAGAUGAAAUAUUGGGAAUAUGCAGAAAAUAUGUUGUAUAUCAUCACUAUAGAUCUCGGGGAUGGUGUGUUCGGUCAGGAAUUAAAUUUGGUUGCGAUUUUAUAUUAUACAAGAGGGGGCCACCUUUUCACCACGCUGAAUUCUGUAUAAUGAUACUAGCAGCAGAAAAGCCAUCUCCAGAUUACACUUGGUUUUCUACCGCUGCAAGAGUUGUUGCUGGAGCCAAAAAGUCCCUUGUGCUGACAUAUGUAAAUACCGAAUGUUCUAAGGAACAAAUUAUGUCAUUCUGGGACCAGCAGAAUUACCUGGAAUUAUUCUCCGUCUUUAAAGUCGGUGAACUGACUUACAAGCGAUGGAUUCCUGGCAAAAAUAGAGAUUGA